ACACCCCUAAAUUCAGUUUAGUAUAGUCUACAGUUUUCUCAUUGGCACAGUCUGUAAAGUCCGCGAAGCGAUAACAACAGCUACAAAACUCAGCACAAAUACCGUCACCAGAGCUAAUAGCCACUUUUGUUCACGGCAUCUGGGCAAAUGGAGGCAGGUUUGUGUCAGCAGUGGUGAAGGUUUGCUGGACUAGCGAGGGGAGGAUGCGUGUGAUGAGGCAGGAGCUACAGCCUCACCACCACUGCCAGGACUGGAGAUGAAACAGUAUGGGGUGGAGAUGGCCCGAUUUACAUCCGCCAAGAUGAACAAGUUCCGACGCAAGCUCAGCUCACUGGGCGGCAGCACAGACAAAGAUGCGGUAGUGUCGAAGAUCGAGCUGCAGAACAGGCGACUGUCCAGCAUCAGUGCCAACGGCAUGGACGAGGAGAAGCUGAUCGUAAAGGGCCAGCUGAUCAAGGCUGCCUCACUGGAGAAGCUCGCCAUGCUCUGUGUGGACUGCUUUGAUGACGCGGGCGAGCUGCAUGAUAACCCGUUCUUCCCUAGGAUGGUGUUCCUCAUGCACAAGUGGUUUGUGUCCUCUGAGGAGCUGGCGGCCCUGUUUAUCAACCUGUAUCAGACAAGAGACAAGUCCAUCUGCAAGUCGCCUUGUCAACACAAGCCAUUAGACCAGAACUGCAGACUCAAUAGGUUCAAGACAAGAGUAUGUUACACAGUAAGAUCAUGGAUUUCCGAAUUUCCGAUGCACUUUGACCUGGACCCGAGUCUGGCGCGGGAAAUUCGGAGCCUCCAAGAGCUGACCUGCAAAGACAGUGCCAACAACCACAAACUCCUGGUGGACAUCUCUAAUCUGCCAUCUUAUGACUGGAUGCGAGCGGUGUCUGUCAGAAACUCUGUUAAGAGGAGCCACAAAGUGUCGCUGGUGUUCGACCACUUGGAGCCGCACGAGCUAGCAGAACAGAUUACAGUUUUGGAAUAUAAAAUCUUCAGAAGAAUAUCAUUUUCAGACUUCAGGAAUUACGCGAUCCAUGGGAAGUUGCAGGACAACCCCCGUCUGGAGCGCUCCAUCAUGUUGUUUAACGGCCUGUCCUUGUGGGUGCAGUGCAUGGUCCUGAGUAAGUCCACCCCCCAGUACAGGGCACAGGUCAUCACCAAGUUUGUCAAUGUUGCAAAGGCCUUGAGACAGCUGCAGAACUUUAACUCCCUGAUGGCAGUAGUGGGGGGACUGAGUCACAGCUCCAUCGCCAGACUUACCAAGACUGCCAGCCAUCUUCCAGCUGAAAUCAACAAGGCUCUGCAUGAGAUGACUGAAAUGUUAUCAUCCAACGGUAACUUUGCAAACUACAGAAAGCAGCUCAGCGAGUGUAAAGGCUUCAAAAUCCCCAUCCUAGGUGUACAUUUAAAAGACUUGAUCGCCCUGCACACUGCUCUACAUGACAAAGUGGAGAAUGGGCUGCUGAACAUCAGGAAGAUGGCUCAGCUGGCUGUAGUGUUUAAUGAGCUGAUACAGCUGCAGAGUACAAGUCCUGACAUCGAAGCAAACAUGGACCUUAUCAACACACUCAAGGUAUCAUUAGACUUGCAGUAUUCCGAAGAAGAGAUCUAUGAACUGUCACUGGCCAGAGAGCCGAGGGAGUCUGCUUCUGCUCCUCCGACGCCUAUCCCAAGUGAGAAGCCAGUGUUCGCUGACUGGGCCUCGGGGAUCACUCCAACACUGGACUCGGACACGCUGAAGAAACACGUCCAUGCCAUGGUGGAGGCUGUCUACAAAAACUAUGACCAUGACAGAGACGGGUACAUCUCUCACCAGGAGUUUGACUCCAUCGCAGGAAAUUUCCCCUUCAUCGACUCCUUUGGGAUCUUGGAUGCAGACCACUUUGCAAGGCAGUUGAAGACAUUUGAUGAGGUUAAGCAUGUAGAUGGCAUGAUUAGCAAGGAGGAGAUGAAGAUGUACUUCAUCCGAGCCAACUGCCAUGCCCUGUCAUGCGGCUUCAGACACGACUUUGUGGAAACCACCUACUUCAAACCCACCUACUGCGAGCACUGCUCAGGCCUGCUAUGGGGACUGAUCAAGCAGGGCUGGAAGUGCCGGGACUGCGCCAUCAGCUGCCACAAGCACUGCAAGGAGCUGGUGGUGGUGGAGUGUCGGCCACGGGGCAGCGUCUCCUCCGGUCCGCAGUCCUCCAACACCUCCCUAUUACAGGACACAGACACAUCCAGAGCAACCUCUGCAGAUGAACAGCCGUCCCCGAGGGGCACGGAGAGAAGGAGACAGUCGUCCAGACUUCGGCACCUCGCCUCCGUUCACCAGUCCACGCAGACCGUCAAGGACAGCGGCAUCUCCCUCAUGGACAGCGCCUCCUCCGUCAACUUGAACCUGGAGUACAAUGACGAUGAGGUGUUUGUGGAUGAGGAUGUCAGCAGCCUGAGGGACAGGCUGAGGCAGUCUGAGGAGGCCCGGGCAAAGCUGGCUUCUGAGAACAAGAUGCUGCAGACGGAGCUGGCGAGUGCGCAUGACAGAAUCAAGCUCCUGCAGUCACACAUUGGGCAGAUCAGACAGCACACGGUCAGCUUCAUCCUUGAUCAGAUGGACAUUCUAAAGAUGCAGAGAGAUACAGAGGUCUAGAGAUGGCACAGGGUGACACAGAGAGGUUAAGGGAGCAUGCACUGUGACUCAGGGGUCUAAGGAACUCGCAGAGAAAUGCAGAGGGCUAGAAAAGGUGCAUGGUGACACAGGUGUAAGGAACAUACAGAGGGACACAGAGGUGCAGUGUUGAAGGAAUUAGGAAGACCACUGAGAGGGCAUUCAAGAAUACAUACCCCACUUCAUCUGUAGCUGAGGUCACUGGGAGAGACAUGCAUUUGUUUGUGAACAAGCUGAUAAAAAAAAUGUUGAACUUCUUGUCACCCUAGUGCUUCACAGACCUUCCAGGAACCAAAUGAGGAGGACAUUUGCCUGCAAGGUGAUGAUCCCGUGUCUGGAAUGCUUCAUUGAAGGAGCGUGUGGCACCCGACUGUAUGAACUGUACUGAAGCAUUAUUGCUGCAUGGUUUCAGCCCACCUUCUACUUUCUCCAGGGUUUCUGUAUGUUAUAUAUAUAUGACAUGAACACAUGUACAUCCAUGUCCAUGCAAAAGAGCAAUCAUGUGAAGCAGUGUGCUGUAAUCCAUUUGUUUUGCAUCAGAUGUCACAUCAGAUUCUGCAAUGACUGGACAACUGGGCAUGUCCUUGAUAAGGAACACUCAAUGUUUUUAAAUGUCUAAUCACAAUGUUUUAACAUUCGAACACAUUCUAAACUUUGGAGGUUUGACUUAGGUAAUGGUAGCCAAGCAGGAGUAGGAGGGAGAAUUCUAGUGUUCUGUAUAUUUAGUAUUUCAUGGAUGUCUGCAGACCUUACCUGAAGAAACCUACAGAAGGCCACACUAAGUCAUUUCCUUGGUUCUCUGAGUAUAAAGCAGUAGCAAAAUACACAUUUAGGUAGAGGAAGCUGUGAAUAUAGAGGACUGGGAGAAAAACUUGAAUCUGGAUACAUUUAGAAACUGUGUGUAACAAGGUGCAAACUUUACCCUCAAGCUCUGUUUUGGUGUUGAACAUGGGAUUUUUUUUACAUCAAACAACCCCAAUAUCAAAUUAGUGUGGCCUAAGCUAUAAGAAGAUGGAAUACUUAAGAUGUUUAGUAUGGCCACAUUGAUUUGAUUAUAUGGAUGACAUCUGCGUGCAUCAAUUUUCAGCCACGAAAGAAAAGUUGUCAACCAUGCUGUCAAUUGUAUAAAGCAGCCAGGAAAUAAGCAAAUGUAUACCGUGGAUUUAGAGAAAAUGUAUUGGAAAACAUAUACUGAUAUCACACAAUGCCAAUGCCAAUUCCAAGGUCAAAGAUGUGAAAGAACAAAAAUGAAGAAUCUACUGUUUGGUAUUCCAUACUGUAUGUAUUUGAUUAUUAGUUCGACCUUCCUGACCACUUUAUAAUGAAGGCAACUUUUGGGGCCAAAUUUUUUUUAUUUGCGCACUGGCAUUACUUUUGGGGUUCCCAGAGGAUGCCAUCCAUAUAAUCAAAUCAACAUGGCGUAAAGCCAAGAAAAUAAUGGCAAGGAAUCACAAGAAACAGAUGGCAGCUAAACUACACCUCUCAGACUCAAUACUAAUAUUAAGUAGAAGAUUUUCCAUCACCUUUUUGUAGAUGGUAACCUCCAAUACAGAAAUACAUUCCUAGUGCAUCAUUUCCUGUACCUAGUAUAAUAUUUGUCUGCUACAAUGGAAAGAUGCUUAAAUGUGAACUCUGUGUAAAAUGUAAAAAGAAAGUAUUUAAUAGGAAUAUCAAAACUUCAAAAAUUCUAUUUAAUAACCCACAUGGGACUUGUAUAUAAUAUUUAUCGUAUCUCUUUGUCUUCUUCAUAUUGUAAACUUGAACAUGAUUUGAUAGGAUAACAUGUAUUUAGAUAAGAUGUAACGUUACACCAAAGGUCAUAUAAUAAAGUGAUAUGAUAAAAA